UGACACAUCAGAGUGAAUGGACGUUUUUGGGUGAUGGCUGCACAUGUACUCACUUUGUGUAGUCCUCCCGUGAUGUCACGCCGUGUCACUUCCUGCCGUCAGACAGCCAGUUCAGGCCAGUUCACUACUGCUGUAGUACUCAGUCUGUCCCACCGAGCUGUCAACACACAGCAACAAUCCACUCUGCCCGUCUGUUGCGACAACAUUUUUCUAUUAAACUUAGUCCGUUUUUCUCUUCAACGACGUUUUCCUUCAGAUAACAGCUGCUCUCGUCUCACUAUGACUCGGAGGUGAUCUUCAGAGUGUCCAGGUGGUUCUGGGGUUCCAGGUUGGUGUGGUGAGAGAGCAAGCUAAUUGCGGGGAGGAGGACCGCCUGGGGCAUCGUGUCCCUGGCUCUCAAGUGAGUAAGGGAGGGGCUUGGCAAACUGUUCUGCAGCAUGGAGAAGGAAGACCUGAAGGUCCUCAACAAAGGGGAAGAGGAGGAGAUGGAGCUGCAGGGCUACCGUCUGUGUCGUUGGCGCCUGGCCCUGGUGGGCCUCGGGGUGCUGUGUACAGGGGGCUUCCUCCUCCUGCUGCUCUACUGGAUGCCAGAGUGGUGCGUCAAAUCCACCUGCACCCGUACCACAGCCCGUGAUGCUGAAGUGGUUUUGCUGCGCUCCACGGAUGAGUUCCGGCGCUGGUUUGUGGCCAGGGUGCGCGUGAUGCUGGCCCCAGGGAGCAACCCCUUCCGCAGCCUGGAGACCCAGACCACCUCCCCCCCCUCCCCUUCUUCUCCCACUUUCCCCUUUUCCUCCCCUACGUUCCCCCCUCUGGCCAACGGACAUCUCCCCCACCCCUCCGAUGGCAGCCCUGCUCAGGAGCUCAUCAGAAGAUUUGACGACUACCAGCCCACACAGAUUCGCUAUUUUACCUUCCAUAGCACAAAGUAUUAUUGGAACGACGAGCUGCAGAACUUUGAAGUUUUAAUUGGCCUGGAAGAUCUGCAGGUCAGCUGCUCCACCCUCCACUCGGAGCACAGCGCAGGCCUGACCAGGAACCAGCAGGAGUACAGGAGACUGUUCUUCGGAGUGAAUGAAAUUGCAGUGAAAGUGCCUUCUGUUUUCAAGCUGCUUAUCAAAGAGGUCCUCAACCCUUUUUACAUCUUCCAGCUCUUCAGCGUGAUCCUGUGGAGUGCCGAUGAGUAUUACUACUAUGCUGUGGCCAUUGUUUUCAUGUCGGUCAUAUCCAUAGCUACCUCUCUGUACACCAUCAAAAAGCAAUACAUCAUGCUUCACGAUAUGGUGGCAGCUCACAGUAUUGUCCGUGUGACCGUAUGCCGAGCCAACAAUGAAAUCGAAGAGACUUUGUCUACUGAUUUGGUGCCCGGUGAUGUGAUGGUCAUCCCCAGCAAUGGGACCAUUAUGCCAUGUGACGCCGUGUUGGUCAGCGGCACCUGUAUCGUCAAUGAAAGCAUGCUCACAGGUGAGAGCGUUCCCGUGACAAAGACCCACCUCCCAAACCCAGUGUCAGGUGAGAGGGGGGAGGAGGCUGACAGUGCCUACAACACAGAGGAGCAUAAGAGACACACACUAUUCUGCGGCACCAACAUCAUCCAGACCCGCUUCUACACAGGCGAACUGGUCAGGGCUGUGGUGGUCCGCACAGGUUUCAGCACAGCCAAAGGCCAGCUGGUGCGCUCUAUCCUUUACCCAAAACCCACCGACUUCAAGCUGUACCGUGAUGCCUACCUCUUCCUGCUGUGUCUGGUGGCUGUGGCUGGAAUUGGCUUUGUCUACUCCAUCGUCCUCAGCAUCAUGAACAAGGUGCCAGCUAAGACCAUCAUCAUUGAGUCUCUGGACAUCAUCACCAUCACUGUGCCACCGGCGCUGCCAGCCGCUAUGACAGCUGGCAUUGUGUACGCCCAGCGACGCCUCAAAAACAUUGGCAUUUUCUGCAUCAGCCCACAGAGGAUCAAUAUCUGCGGACAAAUCAAUCUGGUUUGCUUUGACAAGACUGGAACUCUGACAGAAGAUGGAUUAGACCUAUGGGGAAUCCAGAGGGUUGAGAAUGGCAGUUUCCACCUGUCAGAGGAAAAUGCCUAUAAGGAAAAUCUUGUCAAGUCCCAGUUUGUGGCUUGUAUGGCUGCAUGCCACUCUCUUACCAAAAUAGAGGGCCAAGUGUCUGGAGACCCGCUGGACCUCAAAAUGUUUGAGGCUACAGGCUGGAUCCUGGAAGAGGCCACUGAGGAGGAAACAUCUCUUCACAACCAUAUCAUGCCGACUGUGGUUCGACCCCCAAAACAGCUGUUGCCCCCAGAGCCAGUUGCAUCACCAGAGCAGGACAUGGAACUGUAUGAGAUCUCGUCAGCAUAUGAGAUAGGUAUCGUGCGCCAGUUUCCUUUUUCCUCAGCACUCCAGAGGAUGAGUGUGGUGGCUCGUCUGCUGGGGGAGAAACGUAUGGAUGCCUAUGUGAAGGGAGCGCCUGAGGUGGUGGCUGGUCUCUGCAAGAAAGAGACAGUACCAGAAAGCUUUCCAGAAGUUUUGGAGGGUUACACCAAGCAGGGUUUCAGGGUCAUAGCUCUGGCUCAUCGUCGACUUGAGUCCAAACUCACCUGGCACAAAGUCCAGAAUAUCAGCAGGGAUCACAUAGAGGCAAACAUGGAGUUUCUGGGUCUGAUCAUCAUGCAGAACAAACUGAAGGCAGAAACCCCAGGGGUGCUGCAGGACCUCCGCCGAGCACACAUCCGCACUGUCAUGGUUACUGGUGACAACAUGCUUACAGCCAUCUCUGUGGCCAGGGACUGUGGAAUGAUCCCUCCCCAAGACACAGUCAUCAUUGCUGAUGCCCACCCUCCACAUAAUGGACACGCCGCCAAGAUCACCUGGAGAUACGCUGACAAGCCGAGCAAGACAUCUCGCCUAGAGGAAGUGAACAUUAGUCUGGAGGAUGCGUGUUACGUAGAUGAGCCCAAAAGACAAGAGCUGUACCACUUUGCUAUGAACGGAAAAUCGUUUGCUGUGAUCGAGGAGCAUUUCCCUGACAUGCUUCAAAAGCUGGUGCUCCAUGGGACAGUGUUUGCCAGAAUGGCCCCGGACCAGAAAACCCAGCUCAUCGAGGCGUUGCAGGAAGUAGACUACUUUGUGGGGAUGUGCGGAGACGGAGCUAACGACUGUGGGGCUCUGAAGAGGGCUCAUGGUGGCAUCUCUCUGUCGGAGCUCGAAGCCUCUGUAGCCUCUCCCUUUACCUCAAGGACACCCAACAUCUCCUGUGUUCCCAGCCUCAUCAGGGAGGGGCGUGCUGCUCUCAUCACCUCCUUCUGUGUGUUCAAGUUCAUGGCCCUCUACAGCAUCAUACAGUACAUCAGUGUCACUCUCCUCUACUCUAUCCUCAGUAACCUUGGAGACUUUCAGUUCCUUUUCAUCGAUAUUGCCAUCAUCCUCCUUAUUGUCUUUACCAUGAGUCUGAACCCAGCGUGGAGAGAACUGGUGUCACGUCGUCCCCCAUCUGGUCUGAUCUCAGGGCCUCUGCUGUUCUCUGUGCUGACUCAGAUCCUCAUCUGCUUGGGCUUCCAGACCAUUACAUUCCUUUGGGUCCGACAGCAGCCCUGGUACACAAUCUGGACUCCACUUACUGAUGUCUGCAACCAGUCGUCGCACAUUAACGUGUCUGACCACAACGACACCGAAGUGGACGACCACAACAUCCAAAACUUCGAGAACACCAGCCUCUUCUAUGUCUCUUGCUUCCAGUAUCUCAUUGUUGCCAUUGUUUUCUCAAAGGGCAAACCUUUCAGACAGCCUAGCUACAAGAAUUGGCCUUUUGUGCUGUCCGCCUUUACUUUGUAUGUUUUCCUGCUGUUCAUUAUGUUCCAUCCUGUCAAAGGCAUUGAUGAGUUUCUAGAGAUUGUUUGUGUCCCGUUUGAAUGGAGGUUAAAACUCUUCAUCAUCAUCUUAGUCAAUGCUGCUGUGUCUGUUGUGGUGGAGACCUUCAUCCUUGACAUCAUCUUAUGGAAGCUUGUGUUCAGCCGAGAAAAACAGGGCAGCUUUGGUGUCACUCCUGCUGCCCCGACACCACAGGGGAGCAUUGACCUGUGGGCGUACAAGUGUCUUUCCUGGCUGUGCUGCCCACACAAGAUGGCACCCAAGGCUCGCUACAUGCAUCUGGCCCAGGAGCUUAGUGUGGACCCCGACUGGCCUCCAAAGCCAACCACUACCACCGAAGCCAAGCCCCGCCCAGAAAACGGCUCCACCUAUCAAAUCAUGAACUCCUAGCACCCCCCCGCUCAGUAUCUAAUUUAUCCUUUCCAAUGCACAUUCAGCCUAUUCAAAUGAAAUUUUUGCCAUUCACAGAAACUUGCUUCUGAUUCUGUAGUUACUGCAAAAGCAUCACACAUAACUACCAAAUGAAGUUAAGUUUCAAUUCUCUUAGUAAUCCUGCUCUCUCUGGCUCGCCCACUCAUCCGCUCUCAGGUCUCCCCUGUUUGUCUUUAAAUGUCAUUUAAACAUCAGUAACAUUAAAUGUAAUUCCCAUUCCUUAUUGCAGUGUAUGUUCACCGAAAAAGCAGAAUAGAUGAUAGCCUAGAAGAGGGGUCGUACUUAGGCCGUCUAAAGUACAACCCACUCACACGGCGAGUAAGAGAAUUGGUCCAUACAGAAAGAGUCUGGAAGAGUUUGAGGAAGAUGAUAGAAGAAAGAGGUUUCACUUUAAAAUGGAGAUAUUCUCUUAAAAGUGGAAAGACUUGUGGUGCUGAAGGUCGGUGGAAUAAUGGAUACAUAUCUGUUGGUGACUGUUCUGACCAGCUCUGUACUAUCUGAUCAUACAGUUUUUGCAGGCUCUGACUGCUACUAUGUAGCGGUCUUACACAGCUAAAGUAAAUGUAGAAAAUAAUUUUAAUGAGCUAGCUAUACGAGCUGGCAAGCACGCAGAGAGCACAAAAUUAUAACCAAAAAGAAAAGCUUUACCAUUGACCACCAAGGAUGUCCAAUUACUCAUUGAGACAAGUAUUCCAAUAGUCUUUCAAGCAUACUGUGAUUGGGAAUCUUGGAACAGUUGCAGUCAACUUGUUGUUCAAUUGCAUACCCCAGGCAGAAGUCACAGAUUGAUGAUAGAAGGAACAAAAUGAUGAACCUCAAACUAAUCUGAGGUUGCAUUUUUGCCAUAAUUUGGCCAAAUCCUUCAUAGACAUUCAUAUAAUGAUGGCUUGUAAAAUAUAAAGGACUUUAAAGAGAACAGUAAGGGAGACAGAUGUGUCAGAGUUUACCUUUAGGGUUUUUAACAAAGAUACUAUGUAGGGGGGCAAAAUAGACAAUUACAGAAGGACACAUUUCAUCUCAGCUGUUUAGCCAUGCUGCUGUAGUGUAUGUAUUGCUAUGAAUUUUACCACAGACACUUAUGGCCCUGAUAUUUCAUGUCAUAACAGUAUACUUCUAAAACUAAGGACUUCUCAUCAACCUCAGCUGUACUUCAUAUUAACGUUACUUACUUAAGUGUUAACAUACCUUGCUAACAUGUCUGGCAGGGAACAACAUAGCUUUUCCUGUGGCACUCCCAUCAGGCCAAAAGUGGUAAAGAUUUAACAACAGCAAAAC